AUGGCCACGUCGCUCGCAGCCCUAUCUGCUUCCGUGACUCGCAUUCUCUUCCUCACCGGCUUUCCGAAGGAGCUCAAGACCAAGGACAUCCACACUGCUUUUGCAGAGUGGGAGUCCGUCAAUGGAGGCUUCAAGAUCAAAUGGAGAGACGACACCAGCCUGCUGAUUGUUUUCCAGGAUGCAUCUACCGCUAAACGUGCUUACCUGCAUACAAUUGCAUUCCCUCCACCUAUUCUCAGGUCCCCCGAUGGUGUCUCUGCGACCAUCAAGCCUUAUGACGGGUCCGAUGCCCAAACUGUCAUCCAGACUGUGAACGCCCGCAGCCAGAACCCAACCCGAGCCAAUGGGCGGUCCAACUCCAUUUCCACUUUCCCUGGAGUCAGCCCGAUUGCCAAUAGACCCCCUUCCAACUCGUUUUCGCGCGGCAAUGCUCCUCCCAGUAUCCCCAUUCCGGAAGGCCACAUCAACGGUCGUGAACCGUCGCCCACUCUCCCUUCCCUCCCGACACACCCCACUCUCAAUUCGCUCAUCAACUCAUCUUUGGGGCAGGCUGGCAUUUCCCCGCCUUCUGACCCAGCCAUUCUCGCUGCUAGUAUGCAUGCUGAUAUCGGCAGCGGACCGCGUAUCGGUGACCCAGGAAAACGAAUGCUUGGAGCUGCUCUCGGAGUUAGACAUCCCGCUCUCGGCCCACGUAUCAUUGGAGGAAACCCUCAAGGUGGUGUUGAUCAGGCUAUGCGUGAGGUUCAGCGAGCCAUGGGCGGAAUGGUUGUUGCCGAGUAA